AUGGGAGGUGUUGACAGAUUUGAUCAGCUCUCAUCCUACUAUCCAGUAGGAAGGAAAUCUGUCAAAUGGUGGAGAUACAUUUUUCGAUUUCUCCUCCAGACUGCUGUCAUCAACAGCUGGAUCAUUUAUGCUACCUCUCACAGGCCCAGACCCAAAAGCCUAUCUCAAGGACAUCUAGAGUUUUGGCUUGAGAUAAGCACAGCCCUUCUAAAGGGAAACAUUGUUCGUAAAAGGAAGCAAAGCAAUCUACAACCAUCAACUCAAGGAGUUGGCAUGAGUGAUCUUGAGCAUAGGCUCAUUCGAAUGGUGGGAAACAAACGUGCCUACCAUUGGUGUAUGAAGAACAAACAGUUUGGAAAAAGAAACAGAGCACAUGAAACUGUUUAUGGAUGUAAUCUCUGUCAAAUAAGACUCUGUAAAGGAGAAUGUUUCUCUAAAUUUCAUAACUCACUGACACUUCCAAGUCAUGCUUAA